GGCAUUCUUGGCCAUGUACUUGGUCACGGUCACUGGGAAUCUCCUCAUCAUCCUGGCCAUCGUCACGGACCCCCACCUGCACACCCCCAUGUACUUCUUCCUCUCCAACCUGUCCUUUACGGACAUCGGCUUCACCUCCACCACCGUCCCCAAGAUGCUGCUGAACAUCCAGACACAGAACAAAGCCAUAACCUACGCAGGCUGUCUCAGCCAGGUGUUUUUCUACAUAUUCUUUGGAGGACUGGACAACUUCCUCUUGACAGCCAUGGCCUAUGACCGGUUUGUGGCCAUCUGCCAUCCCCUGCACUACAUGGUCAUCAUGAACCCCCAGUUUUGUGGCCUCCUGCUUCUUGCAUCCUGGCUCUCCGUGGUCUCCAUGUUCUAUGGGACGGUGCUCGGUGUGUACCUCAGCUCUGCUGCUACCCACGACUCCAGGGACAGUGCAAUCGCCUCGGUGAUGUACACGGUGGUCACCCCCAUGCUGAACCCCUUCAUCUACAGUCUCAGAAACAGGGACAUAAAGCAGGCCCUGGUGAGACUCUUCAGCUGCAGAGCAACCCCAACGUGA